GUGUAGUUUUUCACCCUUGGGACGGUUGGACUAUCUCGUUUGAUAGCUGGACGUGAUAAACAUAGCUGUAUUUUUACAGUAGAGUUUCACAAUUGUCUGAAUCUGAAAAUGCCUGUAAAAAGUGUUGCCGUUCGAGACUCAGCUUUUCACAUGCGACUGCUGCAGCAGUACUUGCUUUUGUUAAAGAAAUACCCGAUUCUUACAAAAUCUGUUACUAGUGCAGUUCUUUCUGCCUUGGGAAAUCUGCUUUCUCAAGUUCUGGAAAACAGAAGAAAGUUUAAAAACGGCCGGCCUGAAAAAAACAUUGAUGUUCCAGGAAUUGCUCGCUUUGCUAUCUAUGGACUGUGUAUCACAGGCCCCAUAAGCCAUUAUGUCUACCACCUGUUGGAGUUGUUGGUGCCAUCUACUGUUCCCUACUGCAUGCUGAAACGUUUGUUACUGGAUCGCUUGGUUUUUGCACCGGCCUUUCUCCUGCUCUUUUUCAUUGUCAUGAACAUCUUGGAGAGAAAGAGGUGGCCUGCGCUCCAAGAUAAACUGAGAGCAAGUUACUGGCCAGCCCUGAAGAUGAACUGGAAAGUGUGGACCCCAUUCCAGUUUGUUAAUAUCAACUUUGUUCCCAUUCAGUUUCGUGUGCUGUUUGCCAACCUGGUAGCCUUGUUUUGGUAUGCCUACCUGGCCUCCAUGAGGAAGUGAAACCACGGGGAAAUAAACUUCCUUUGUGUUGGCCCCUGGGGGAUUCUGAGAACUGGUGUAUUCCAAGGUGAAAAUGUGACUGAUUAUGACAGAUAGGAAAUGAGGGUAACUGGCAAAAUUUUAGGAAAUUAUAAACUAUUAACAUACUUAUUUUAAGGUACAUGACACGAUGGCUGAAUGUCCAUGUAAAUGAGUCUGGCAGUAAUAACACGUUAUGACUGCUGACGAUCCACACCAGCUGAAUGAAAUAUGCUGAUGUAAAUAGGCGAAAGCUUCCGGAUCAGAUUAUGUAACUUUGCAAACCAGUGUAAUAUGUGAAUAAUGUAAACUUAGGAAAUGAAGCAUUUGUUCUUAAUGUGAUGUUACUCUUAAAUUUGACUGUUAACAGGUUAUGACCCUUAAAGCCACUUUAACCACUUAACACUUGGCACCUAAACCAAUAGUCAGUAUGUAUUUUCUUAUUUCCCCAUUGUCUAAUUGUUUUACACUGUAAUUAUUGAAUAAAAUUACUACAAAAAUA